GUGUUGCUGCCCCGUUCCGGGGGCGGGCCGGAAUCAGCGGCGCUGUUCGCCCUGCGCCCUGUGGUCGGCUCGGUGCUGUCCAGGGCUGCCGGCCUGGGUGAGUCGGUCCCACCCGUGGGGCGAGGUCUGGGGAGGGGCUGGGUCCUCCGAUCCCUGCCCUACUGAGGCUGUGGCCCGUGCAGAAGCCGCGCAGAGCACGGCGUGAUCCACCGCCUGCGCCGCCGCCUCCACUUCUCCUGCGAUCUGGACCUUGAGAAGUCCUAGUCCCUCUCCGCUGCAAUGGGAGGUGUGCGGAGCGGCCCCCCAAACCCUGCUUCCUGGAGUCGGGGUGGUUGCGCAUAGCCGAGGCUACACCGUAGGGAGGUCUGGCGAGGUGGGGGCUUCCCCUGGGUGGACGCCGCUCGGUCCGAGUUUUCGCCCCCCCCCCCCCGCCCCGGACUCAAGCCGGCAGGCGUCUGAGCGAGCUUUCUCGGGAGUGGCAGGCGCUGGCUGCAGGAUGCCCUGCCUGCCCUGUGCCCCUUGUCCCACGCACGCUUUUUUCCCGGCAGGCACCCUUUUCCUCCCACACUUUACCUUGUGUAGCUUUUCCCACUCGCCGACUUAUGACAUUAAGCUUUGUGUAAAGGACAGCAGUCUUGUAAAUAGUUGCUGAGCGCUUACAGUGUCCAGAGAACUCUUUUAAUGCUGGAAAGACCACAGUGAAUAGGCAAUGUCUCUCAUCUCAUGGAGCAUGUAUUCUAAUAGAGGCAGUAAGCAAAAAAUUUUUUUUUGUUGUUGUUGAGACAGGGUCCCACCCUAUGCCCCUGAGCAGAGUGCAGUGGGCGUGGUAGCUCACCACAACCUCAGACUCGGGCUGCGGGCACCCCGCUGCCUCAGCCUCCGGAAGCCGCUGGGAUUACAGGCGCUCGCCGCGGCGCCCGGCUGGGUUUUUCCAUUUUUUUCACGAGUCGGGGUCUCACUGUCGCUCAGGCGAGUCACGAACUCCUGAGCUCAAGCGAUUCUCCCUCCUCAGCCUCCCACAGUGCUGGGAUUACAGGCGUGAGCCACCGCGCCCGGCAGCAAAAUUUUUUUUAAAAAUUACUUUUUGCAACAGUCUCACUCUGUCCCCCUGGGUAGAGUUCUGUGGUGUCACAGCUUACGGCAACCUCAAACUUCUGGGUUCAAGUGAUCCUGUUGCCUCAGCCUCCCAGGUAGAUGGGGCUACAGGCGCCCACAACUCCUGGCUAGUUUUUUUUUAUUUUUAGUAGAGACAGGGUCUGGUUCUUGCUCAGGAUGGUCUCAAACUCCUGAGCUCAAGAGAUUCUCCUCCCUGAGCACCCAGAGUGCUAGGAUUACAGGUGUGAACACCACGCCUGGCCAAGAAAAUAAUGUGGUGUUUUUGUUUUUUGUUUAGAGAGAGUCCCACUUUGUCGCCCUCUGUAGUGUACUCUGCUGUCAUAGCUCACAGCAACCUCAAACUCUUGGGUUCAAGCGAUCCUCUUUCCUCAGCCUCCAGAGUAGUUGGGACAACAGGGGUUUGCCCUGGUGCCUAGAUAAGGAAAAAAAAAAAAUUUUUUUUUUUUUGCAGUUUUUGCCAGGGCCUGGUUUGAACACGCCACCUCUAGUACAUGGGUCCACCCCCUACUCCUUUGAGCCACAGGCGCCACCCAGAAAAUAAUUUUUUUAUUUUUUGUAGAGACAGAGUCUCACUUUAUCGUUGCUCACAGCAACCUCCAGCUCUUGGGCUUAGGUGAUUCUCUUGCCUCAGCCUCCCAAGUAGCUGGGAAGCGCCUGGCUAUUUUUUUGUUGCUGUUUGGUCUGGGCCGGGUUUGAACCCACCACCCUUGGUAUAUGGGGCCGGUGCCCUACACACUGAGCCACAGGGGCUGACCAGGAAAAUAAUUCUUUAUUGUGAUGAGGGCUUUGUGGAAAAUAAAGCAAAGAGAUAAAAUUGGAGAGGUGAGGGGGUUGGAGUAGGCAUGGUAGUUGAGAAAGGCCUUUCUAAAGAGUUAAUGUUUGAACAGAAAUUGAUGGCUGGGAGAGAGCAGCCUUACCUGUCCCUGAGGAGAAACAGGUGGAGGGAACAAAGGCCUUGGCUGGUUUGGAUGACAGGGAGAAAGCUGACAUUGGGUGCAGUACAGUGAGCAAGGUGCCUGAGGGCACUGAUGAACAGGGUCUUAUUGUAGGUAUGGAAGGAAGGGACUCUGGUCUUCCAGGCUCCAGUUAAAAUGAUAUUUCCCCCAAGAAGGACUCCCUGAUCCUCCAUCUAAAUUAUCACUCUUCUCACCCUGAUAUUCUCUCUUAGCACUAUGAGCAAGAACUUGAUCUGUUUCGUGAUCAUAUUCCUGCUCCGUUCUUUUUAACUGUAGCGCUGUUUAUUCUGAUUGAAGACUUAUUUCCCAAUUCCAAACAUGGAACUAAAAGCAGAUUUUUCUCCCUCUAACCAGGUGGCCCCUCCAAGAGGACAUACACUUUUCAGACAUGAGCAAACAAAAACCAGCCGUGGUAGCUUAUCCCUCUACUAGCCUUGGGUUACAAUUCUCUCCACAGUGGAGGGUAAUACGUGUUGAGGAGCAGGGGAUGCUAAGGCCUUUUGGCAGCCUUGUCCCCUGAUGUAAUCUGGUUGCCUUGUUUGGGUGAGGAGGACAACACAUCUGGCAAUAGCAAUAGCCCAGUUGGGUCCUGCCCACAGAUUGCUCUAGACAGACAGCUGAUCGGAGGCUUACUGGGGGUGGGAUAGCUCUGCUUUUUCCAAGCAUUUGCAGUCUGCUGCCAAAUUGUUAAGUCCAAUCUCUUUUUUUUUUUUUUUAAUUUUUUUUUUAGAGACAGAGUCUCACUUUAUCAUCCAUGGUAGAGUGCUGUGGCAUCACAGCUCACAGCAACCUCCAACUCCUGGCCUUAGGCAAUUCCCUUGCCUCAGGUCCUGAAUAGCUGGGACUACAGGCCCCUGCCACAGCACCCGGCUAUUUUUUUUUGUUGCAGAUUGGCCAGGGCCAGGUUUGAAUCAGCCACCCUUGGUAUAUGGGACCCGCGCCCUACCCACUGAGCCGCAGGUACCGCCCUAAAAGUCCAAUCUUAACCAUAGCCCUUCAUACCCUAAUAUGUCAGAAGGGCUCUGGUGCCAGAUGUCAGCUCACAGCAUUGUAACCAAGCAACCAGCCUGCUUCUAACCAUAGUUUUUGUCAAAAGGGAAUAUCUCUUUACAAAGUGGCAGCUACUUAGGAGGCCCAAGCCCCAUGGAAAAGGAUAACCCCAGAGACCUCCACCCAAACACAAGAGCUCAAGUGUCUGUUGAAGGGAAGAGUGCAAAGAGCAGGGCCUCAUGCCUCAUGCCUACUGUGUUAUAUCUUAUCAGAGCAAAAUUAUAUUUAUUUAUUUGAGACAGAACCUAAGCUGCCUGGGUAGAAUGCCAUGGCAUCACAGCUCAUAGCAACCUCCAACUCCUGGGCUUAAGUGAUUUCUCUUGCCUCAGCCUCCCAAGUAGCUGGGACUACAGGCACCCGCCACAAUGCCUGGCUAUUUUUUUGGUUGUAGUUGUCAUUGUUUGGCAGGCCCGGGCUGGAUUCGAACCCGUCAGCUCUGGUGUAUGUGCCUGGUGCCUUAGCCACUUAAGCUACAGGCGCAGAGCCAUAUUUAUUGUUUUUUAAAUAACUUUUCCAUAGUAGAAGAAAAACAAGAACUACCCAAAAUUCUAUGAGCCAGAAAGAACUAGAGUUAAUAUGCUGGGGUUUUAUGCUACUAGAUUAAUUUUUCUGCUUAUAAUCUGCUUGUUUUGUGUAGUAAUAUACAAGAUAGUCUAGAAUGUUUUCUGGAUCAGGCACAGUGGUUUAUACAUGUAAUCCUAGCCCUCUGGGAGACAUAGGCAGGUGGAUUGUCUGAGCUCAGGAGUUCAAGACAAGCCUAAGCAAGAGGGAGACCUCCUCUCUACAAAAAAUAGAAAAACUAGCCAAGUGUUGUGGCAGGUGCCUAUAGUCCAGCUACUUGGGAGGCUGAGGCACGAGGAUCGCUGAACCCAGGAGUUUGAGGUUGCUAUGAGCUAUUAUGCCACAGCACUCUACACAGGGUGACAGAGUGAGAUGUGGUCUCUAUAAAAAGAAUGUUUUCUGAUGUUCUGCAACAUGGUUUUACUGCUUGCAGUGUCACCAAUGUCAGGGAUCUCUUUGCUCGUUUCACAAAUCCUUAAUGAGCACUCCCCAUGUGCCAGGCCCUGGGGAUAUAGAUUAGAGGCCUUGUCUCAUGAGAGAAAGUGGGUAAGAGGCAAGUAGGUUAACUGGUCUUAUGUCAGAUGACAGAAUGCUAUGGAGAAAUUUAAACCAAGGAGUGAGGAUAAGGAAUUCUGAUGAGAGGGGAGGCAGUAGUUUUAAAUAGUAUCAUGGAAGACCUCGCUGGGAACAUGUCGUUCAGCAAAUUCUGAAAAAGUACUCAUCGUCUCUAGCACUUGUUGCACCCCACCAUAUAACCUGGAAUGGCGAUGGCACUCCCAAUGCUUGGACCUCAGGAGAUCAUCGCAUUUGAGGAUGUGGCUGUGUACUUCACGAGGAUAGAGUGGAGUUGCCUGGCCCCUGAUCAGCGGGCACUCUACAGAGAUGUUAUGCUGGACAACUACGGGAACCUGGCCUCGCUGGGCUUUCUUGUUGCCAAACCAGCACUGAUCUCCCUCUUGGAGCAAGGAGAGGAGCCAGGGGCCUUGAUUCCACAAGUGGCUGAGGAGAGAGGAACCAAGGCCAGCCUUCGGACAGAUUCUGGGAUGGAGUCUGGCAUGGCAGAGACUUCCAUGAGGAGGGCCAUCCCUAAGCAGGCUGGAAUGUCCCGCGUGGCUUGGGGGUGCCUCUCCCAGAGGACCCCCAAGCUACCUGGCCUGGAUGGCAGUCCUGAGGACAGGUCAGAUAAGAGAUGCCUCCCGCCCGGAGCUCAGGCUGGGGAGCUAAGCACCUCACCCACAUCUCUGCAAGAAGAGUGGGGCCGCCGGCCUGCUGGGAGCUCAGCCACCAGUGCGCAGAGGGGCUACAGGUGCGAGUGUGGCAAGGUGUUUAGGUACCACUCGCUGCUGCUACGACACCGCGUGAUUCACACGGGGGCCAAGCCCUUCCAGUGCACUGAGUGUGGCAAGGCUUUCACACAGAGCUCCAUCCUGCUGCGGCACCAGCUGAUCCACACGGAGGAGAAGCCCUUCCAGUGCGGUGAGUGCGGCAAGGCCUUCCGGCAGAGUGCGCAGCUGGCAUCCCACAGCCGGGUGCACGCCCGGGAGCGGCCCUACACCUGCAGCGAGUGCGGCAAGGCCUUCAGCCGAAGUUCCCGGCUCCUGCAGCACCAAAAGUUCCACACAGGGGAGAAGGCCUACGAGUGUGUUGAGUGCGGCAAGGCCUUCUGCCGCCGCUUCACCCUCAAUGAGCACCAGCGAAUCCACAGUGGGGAGCGGCCCUACAGCUGCCGGCGCUGUGGCCAGCGCUUCAUCCGCGGGGCCUCGCUCCUGAAACACCAUAGGCUGCAUGCCGAGGAGAGCCCGCAGGACGGCCGCGGGAUGAGCUCCCUGCCCAUGGCAGCACCGAAAGCCUGCACAGGGGACAAGUCCCAUGAAUGCGCUGUGUGCCAGAGGCCGUUCAGGCACAACUCCCUGCUCCUGCUGCACCAGCGGCUCCAUACCGGUGAGAAGCCAUUCACCUGCUCAGAAUGCGGCAAGGCUUUUAGCCGCAAGUCCAACCUCACGCUGCACCAGAAGACCCACACUAAAGAGAAGCCCUUCACGUGCACGGAGUGCGGCAAGGCUUUCCGCAGGAGCUACACACUGAACGAACACUACCGGCUCCACAGUGGUGAGCGACCGUACAGGUGCCGAGCCUGCGGGAGGGCCUGCAGCCAGCUGUCCACCCUAAUCCAGCACCAGAAGAUCCACGGCCGAGAGCACCGGGAGGGAGGAGAGGGGAGGAAGGGCAGGCGGGUGCCCCGCUGGACCCCUCGUAGGCAGUGACAAACAGGCAGAGACCCCGAGGGGCCCCAACAGAGAAAGCUGUAAACCUGCGUCCUAAGCGUGCAGCAAAGCAAGGGGCCAGGUAUGGCCUAUGCCAAAUGAAGCCUAAACAGCAAGACGAAGAUGGGCAGGACAGGGAGGGUGAGCCUGGAGUGAGUUGCGCCAGCCUCAGCUCCAGCGUGGUGAGGCUGUGCCUGGCUGCCAGGGCAGCAGUUCUCUGAGCCCAGGUGAGUCUGUUGCUGAUACACACCAGGCUCUAACAAACCAAAUGGGGAUUGUGUGCUGUGUUUUUCUUUUUGUACUUGUUUAUUUUCUAAAUCUUGAUUGGUGAUCAGACAAAAAAGAAGGGUUUUGUUGGCUUAGCUAUACACUUAUUAUUAAGAUUGGGCAGGAAGACUAGAGGCUGCUUGAAGGGGCAGGAUGUCACAGGUGGACUGAGGGUGCAGAUGUACGAGUGGCAGAGAUCAGGAUCUCAGGUCUCUGGGUCUGUCUGCCGAAGGAUCUCUUCUGUGAGGAAGCCUCUGAGGUCCUGCUUGUAAGUGAGGAAGUCUUGAUGACCUCUCUUCACCAUGAUUCCCACCCCUGAACCUCAGGAAUAUAGACAGGCUGCUCAGCAUCUUACAAAUGUGUGCCCAAGAAAGGAACCACCAGUCUGGAGCCCAGCUAAGGGCCUGGCCUGUGAAUGUGUACUUUUUUUUUUUUUUUUUUGAGAAAGAGUCUUGCUGUGUCACCCUCUGUAGAGUGCUGUGGUGGCUUCACAGCUCACAACAACCUCAAACUUUUUUUUUAUUUUUUUGCAGUUUUUGUCUGGGGCUGGGUUUGAGCCCGCCACCUCCGGCAUAUGGGGCCGGCGCCCUACUCCUUUGAGCCACAGGCACCACCCCCAGCAACCUCAAACUCUUGGCUUUAAGUGAUUCUCUUGCCUCAGCCUCCCAAGUAGCUGGGACUACAGGUGCCGGCCAUAAUGCACAGCUAUUUUUUUGUUGUUGCAGUUGUUUUAGCAGGCCCAGGCAGGGCUUGAACCCGCCAGCCCCCGGGGUAUGUGGGCACCCUACCCACUGAGCUAUGGGCACCGCCCUGUUAAUCUCAUUUUAAUUUGCAUUUUUUUUGCCUUUUGAUGAGUAAAUUACCUGUAAACUCUUACACCUGUUUUUCUUGGGUUUAUAAGACCUCUGUAUGUUAGGGUUCAAAUCCCUCAAUUUUGAUACAAACCACAAGCUGUUGGGGUUUUUUGUCCGUUUUUGCCCUUUUCAAGGAGUACGUGGAUGGCAAAAUCCUGCAUCUCAGAAUUAAGGAAUUGAUACAAAUAUUUCCUUAAUUCUUUGUUUUUAUUUAUUUAUUUAUUUAUUUUGAGACAGAGUCUCAUUAUGUUGCCCUUGGUAGAGUGCUAUGGUGUCACAGCUCACAGCAGCCUCAAACUCUUGGGCUUCAGUGAUUCUCUUGCCUCAGCCUCCCAAGUAGCUGGGACUAUAGGCACCCGCCACAAUGCCUGGCUAUUUUUUGGUUGUAGUUGUCAUUGUUUGGCAGACCCAGCCUGGAUUCAAACCUGCCAGCUCCGAUGUAUGUGGCUGGCACCCUAGCUGCUUGAGCUACAGGUGCCGAGCCAAGCCCCAGCUAUUUUUUGGUUGCAGUUGUCAUUGUUGUUUAGCAGGCCUAGCCCAGACUUGAACCCACCAGCCUCAGUGUAUAUUGCUGGUACCCUCCUCACUGAGCUACAAGCGCUGAGCCUGUUCUUUGCUUUUAGUUAUGAAGUAUUUGAUAUAAAAAAAUUUCCCCUGUAGCCAAAACUAUCUGUUCUGUUCCCCAUUCCAAGACUUUGUUAAACUUUCCUUGUACUUUGGUAGUUACUGAAGUAAUAUUUAUAGUAAAAACAAUAAAACCUUGUUGCUGUCCA